GGCUGGUAUGAAGGGGAAUACGAGGGCGGCUACCCCACAAGGGACCUAAUGGAAGCGGUGGCAAGGGCCCUGAACAGUCGGGCAGAGCGACCAGGCGAUCUGGACCGUGCAAGCCUGUGCCGCAAAGGGGCAUAGUCCGGGGAGAAACAGACGGACGGGGAGCUACUGUCGAUCGCCUGAGACGCAAAUAGAUUCUUGCCCUACAGGCCCAAAACUCUCCGCUGCAACACUCGAUUCAGCUGCUGCGGCGGCGGCGGCGGCGGGGGGGGGCUGGCUGAGCCUCCGAGCCGUGUCCGGCAUCUGCGUCUGGCACUAUUCGGGGAAUUCGACCUAGCCUCUAGAUGUGGAGUGGUUGAUUGGCGAAGCUUCAGAUGGCAAGCUGCAUGUUGUUGUGAGGUUUACGAGGUGCAAAGCGUGAGCAUCCGAGUAUAAAGAUAGCAUCGACCCAGCUCAACAUGCCUCUCUUGGAACAUCAUCACACACUCUCAUCCACUCAAGCCUUCCAGCCUCAACAACAUCUUCCACCUCCAACACUCGCUUUAAUCAACCUUUCCACCCUCAAAACCAACAACACCGCAAACAUGCAGCUGUCUAGCAUCCUCAGCAUCUUCACCCUGGCCACCGCCGCCUCGGCAGUCACUGUCUCAUACGAUACCGGCUACGAUAACAAGUCCCGAUCCCUCACUGCCGUCUCUUGCUCCGACGGCAGCAACGGCCUCAUGACCAAGCACCCCAGCUGGAAGACCCAGGGCGACAUCCCCAAGUUCCCCUACAUCGGUGGCAUUGACGCCAUUGCCGGCUGGAACUCUCCCUCUUGCGGAACCUGCUGGAAGCUCGAGUACAACGGCAAGAGCAUCAAUGUCCUCGCUAUCGAUCACGCUGCCAGCGGCUUCAACAUUGGCCUCGCUGCUAUGAACGCCCUCACCCACGGCCAGGCUGGAAAGCUCGGCCGCGUCAACGCCAAGGCCACCAAGGUCAGCGCCAAGAACUGCGGUCUCUAAAUGUGAUCUUUACGAACUUAAUGAUGGGAUAAUUUGGCGGAAUAUGGGCAUUUUCUUUUACUUCUCUCCUUAACUAUUUCUAAUAUGCAUUGCAUUGGCUGGCGUUUUAGACUACGAACGAUCACACUGGAUCAACUUAGAUAUGCUUCAAUCUAUUAAGAUGAGCAAACAAUAUUCACAUUGUUAACACGCAAAGUUUCUAGUGUCUCCCGAAUGAUCAUAGAAUAGUGU